AUGAUUGUUACUCCUGUACAUACAAAUUCAAUUAAAAUAUCAUUAGUUCAAACUGGAUGCUGUAAAAGUGAAUUUGAUUCAACAUAUCCUCAACGUCUACAUGGAAUAAUUUCAUUCGAAGAAUUUCGAGAAUCAAUUCAAAAUAUUAAUCAACAAAUCUCUUCUAGGAAACCCAGGCUGUUUGUUAUGUUGAUUUGUAUUUUACUUGUAAUUGCAAGUAUUGUAUUAUUCGUUGUCGGUGGAAUAUUAGCUAAAAAUUCUGGUACAGGUGGAUUUCCUAUAUUAAUUAUCAUUGCAAUGGUAGUUUUUAUUGUUGCAUUCCUACGAUCACCAAAACCAUGUAGUUGGCGAUUGAAUGCUUUUAGAUAUGUUACUGGACGAUAUCGAGGUCACCGACGUGUUGUAGUCAUUUACAGUUUAAUGAUUGAUAUUGGAAAUUCUGUUGUUCCAACAAAUCAAAAUAUACCGUCACAAUACAAUCAAGUAGCUCCUCGACCAGUAUCAACGUUUAAUCAACAGAACGGUAUUCCUCCACCAUACUCUGGUCAACCAGUUGGAAGAUUUUGUUCACAGUGUGGGACACCACGACAAAAUCUUACAGCAAAAUUUUGUCCAUCAUGUGGUCAGGCAUUUUAA